AUGUCCAGCUCAGCCAUCCCGCCCCUCAAUGUUGGUGCCCCAGCCCCAGAGGCUCUGUCCCUUCUGCAACAGCACCUGUUGUUGGCUGAGGAGGAGGCUGAAGCUCUUAUUCCAGAUAUGGCUGCACUUGGGAUUUCCAGGGACCAAAUCUUGGGAUCUUCAGAAAGAAUGUGUGCCACUCAACAGCCUGUAAGUCCCCUGAAGAUGUGCUGGGUCCUUGGGGAUGAGGGCAUGCUGUGGCAACAGUGUGAUGCUCUGGUGUGCAGGAUGACCACAACAGAAUUAUGGCAAUUAAGUAGAAAAAGAAAUAUGAAAAUUGUGUGGAAAAUGUCAGAGUAGUUGAGCAGAAAAGCUCAUCUGAAGCAGCAGCUGGCAGCGCUACAGCAGGAGAGUGAGGAGGAGCAUCAGGGCUCCAGGAGCGAGGUAAUAAGGGACCAACUUCAGCGGGCUUACCAGGAGGGAGACAAAGUUCACACAGAGGCGCAGGAGGCAGUGAAGGCAGCUACUGCUGCAAAGAUGGAUGUGGCUUUGGCUGCAGAGGAGCUGAAGAUUGUUGAAGCCAUGAAUUCUGAAAGCAAGCUUCUCCAGUGGGUUGAGGAGAUGGAGAGAGUGGUAGAGAUGGACAGGAGACGGGCUGUGCUGCUGCAGCUGGAUUGCCAGGCCUUGCAUGUGGAGGUCCAGACCAGCCGGCGGCUACUGAAGGAAGAAAAAGACAGAGGCAGACAGCUGGAGGAACACUCUCAGCGGCUCAAUGAACAGACAGGUUAUCUGGCCCUUCAGAGGCAGCAGACAGAAAACAGUAAACUGCUGAAGGAAGGCAGAGAGCUGAGAGCUUCAGCUGACAGAGUCCAGGUCUGGAGCCUUACAGAAUUAUUUCUUUCUUCAUCUGGUUUUUUAAGCCAUACCCUGAGCAGGCAGCUGCAAAGUCAGUAUUCCCAGUUCACUUCUGCCCUGCAGUCACCCACAGUGGAGAAUGAAAAGCAGCAGGCCAGGUUAAAAGCAGAGAGCAGUCCUGUGGUAAAGCAACUGCAGGAGCAAGACCUGCUGCUGGAGGCAGCCAGACGCAACAACCAGACUGAGCUGCAGGUGGUGCUAACAGAUAAAGUUAGCCUGCAGCUGGAGCUAGAGAAGCUUAAAGGCAAACAUGCACAGCUGCUGCAGAGCUCCUCCACUGCAAAAGAAACAGCGGUCACUCAGAGGGAACUACUGGAGGGAACCAUUGAUAGGCUACGGAGGCAGCUGAGCGUGGCCAAAAAAGAGGAGGAGGCAAUGAGGAAUAACCUGGAGAGUUCAAAAAAUGAGUUAUGUCUUGUUGUCACUAAGUUGGAGCAUGAGAGCAGAGGUUUGGAGACCCUACUUAGCGAGGCCAAGCGGGAGGUGGGAUCUCUGAGCUUGGCCUUACAGAGCCUUCAAGAGGAGAACAAUAUGCUCAUGGGAAAGUUGGCUGCUUUAGAGCAUAUGCAGCAUGCAGUGCAACAGGUGGACCAGAUGCUGAAGGACCUAACUGACAAAAACAAGAACAAACUUAAGCUGGACUCCUUGCAGGAGGCCUUAGAAGCAGCCAAAGCGAACAACAGGAGGCUAGCCCAGAGUUUGGAGCAGGUUGUGUUGACCAACAGCAAAUUGCACAGCAAACUGGAGCAGUCCAGAGAGCAGUACCAGGCCACCAUAGAUGAAGAGCACCGCGAGGCCUGGACAAAGAUUAGUCAUUUGUGUGAAGAGCUGGGCGCUGUGAAGCAACAAACUAGAGGAGACUAUGAAUCUUCCAUGAAGACACUGCAUCGAAAACUGUCAGAGCUAAAAAUGACAGUUAAGGACUCGUCAACCGGGUCAGGUGACCUGUCCAAGGCUAAUCAGGAGCUCCGUCAACAGAUGUCUGAGCUGCAGAGACAGGUGUCCAAACAGAAAGCUUGUAUCAGAGAGCAGCAGAAGAGCAGAGGUGUACAGGACAACUCUCAUGAAGCUGAGUGUCCCCUAAUGAUCACAAUGAAAUUUCAGCCUUUUCCAACCCAACAAGAUUACAGUUCUGGAGGAGACACUAUAUUUUGUUCAAAUAGUUCCUCAAUGAAGGAAGGACUCUCAGCUCAUUUCACUUGA